AUGGCCACCACCUCCACCGUUGCCGCGAAAACUCUCAGCACUCCGGAGAUUCUGGAGAUGGUUCCGCUGCUACUCCCUGCGUGGGAUCUGCUGCUUUGCCAGCGCGUCGCGACGCCCUGGAGGGAUACUGUUGUGCGCAGCGAGGAGUGCCAGCGUACGCUGUUCAGAGAGCCCGUCACCAAAUCCGAAAAGUGGACAUCGCUCGUCGUCUGCGACUCCAUCCCAGCUGGCGAAGGACCGCUCAUCGUCCAAGCCAUGCACCCUAGCGACAUAAGCAGUCGAAACCGUGGAAUGGGGACCAUCAGCGUGGUAGAGCCAAAUCCCUUUCUCAAGUUCACCACCGACGAGAAAGAGAGCCCGAUACAUCUCGACUGUCCCGCCGCAACCAUCGCCUCGGCCAUGUCCCUCGAAUAUCACGAAACAGUCACUAUGCACCGGCUUCUGCUUCUCAAGAACCACGCGGCAAGUUUCCUCGACAUGUACCUCACCCAGGCCCCCGUCCCCUCGAUCGCCUUCUACCUCGAAGAAGACAACCCCUCCGCGCCCGCCGGGUUCUGGCUCGAGAAUCCGCUCGGCGUCACCGUCAAAGACCUCCUCCAGCUGCUGAGACCAUACCUCCUGCCCCACGCGAAGACGCUCCCGACGCUCUGCUUCAUUUUCGAAAGGGCAUGCUUCGCGUGCCGGACGCCUGGCGCAGCGUCUUCGACGCUGGAAUUCCGAAAUUCGAGAAGCUGA